UCACCAGCAACAAGACAUCAGAUCAACUGCUGUAAAAAGACAAAGAUGUCGGGCACUCUUUCUAAGCCGAAUGAGCCAAAACUGUCGAUUAUGCUCGUUGGAUUGACUGGAGUUGGGAAGACUUCAGUCAUGAACACCCUUCUGGGAAGAGAGAACCCAAAACAUGUACUUAGUGCUUCCUCACAGACAACAGAGUGCAAGAUGGAGACAGUACAGCGUGGUGACCAAGAACUGGUUAUUAUCGAUACUCCGGGUGUGCUGAACACAGAGAAAAAAGAAGAAGAGCUGAAGAAAGACAUCGCAGAAAUCAUCGCAGGUGCUGCUCUUGAUGGGGGUCCUCAUGUGUUCCUGUUGGUGAUGCAGGCGAAGGUUUUUUCAGAGAAAGAUAAAGAAGCAGUGGAAAUCAUUCAGAAGAUCUUUGGUGAUGGGUUCGAAGAUUACACGUUGGUCUUGUUCACCCACAGAGGUAAACUUGUACCUACGCACAAAGAUUUGGAGAAAUUUGAAUUCCUUAAGAAGUUCAUUCAUGGAGAUGAUUCUUUUCAUUCUUUUGAAAAUAAUGAAUGUGAGAAUGUAAAGGGUGAAGAAAAAGAAAAGCAAGUGUCUGAUCUAGUGGAGAAGAUCAACAAAAUGGUUGAAAACAACAAGAAGCGAAACGCACCGCGUUACACCAGUGAGAUGUUGAAAGAGGCGCAGGAAACCCUAAAGAAAAUGGAGAAGGAAAUGGAGAAGUCAGAACCUAAUGGCACAAAGAAAAUGGUUCAGAUGAUUGUUGAUGGGUUGGUGGGUGAGCCAUUGGGAGGUUUUGUGAACAACAUUGUUGAAUCUGCCAUAGAAAAAGUUGCUAAAUGUGCCUAAAAAUAAGCAGAAGAUUCACCAGAAUUUGAAAAGUUAUGUAUAUGGUGAAAAACAUGAAAUUGGCUUUGUCUACGUAUAAAGUGUAUGGUGAAUUGAUAUUUUUUGCAUGCGUGUACAUCCUUAUGUGUAAAAUGACAAUGUUGAACAUUUGAGAAUUGAGGUUUGAAUGGAGGACUUCUGAUGCAUGUCAUCUGCCCACUCUUUCUCCCUAUGUGUCCUUUCUUUACGCUCUGCUGUUUAUAUGAUUCAAUAAAGUAAAAUGCAAUGAUGAAUGCAUGAAAUUAUGCAGCAGUAAUUGAAUAUUAACAGACAUUACAUUCCUGUACUCUUUUUAAAGACAAAUAUUAAGGUGUGGGGUUUUAAAUCAUUGGUGUCAAUAUUCAUUUUCUUCAUCAGCAAAUAAAAUCUGAGUCAAACUAAA